AUGUUGUUCUUGUUUUACAUUUCGCUUUUUUCCAUUGGUAUUUCUCAAGCCAUAGCAAAAGAGAAUGAAGUAGUUCCAUAUGGAUUGUUAAGUUCAGAUUAUAUUCAUGCUCGAAUAGCACGUCAAGCAAUUGGCGAUACAACCACCUGUACUGGUAGCUGCGGUUGCACAUGUACCUGUACAUGCACCACGACGACAACUUCUUCAACGAGUACCAGCAGUACAAGCAGCACUAGCUCUACAACAAGCACAACAGCGACCACAAGUACCAGCUCCACUUCAAGCACCUCAAGUACUAGUUCUACGUCAAGUAGUAGCACUAGUACUACUAGUACAACCUCCGCUACGACGUCUACGACGUCAACAACUUCAACAUCAUCCACCAGCACUUCUUCGACGAGUACUACUAGUAGUACUUCUACGUCGACCACAUCCGCAACCACAAGUACUUCAUCAACAAGCACUACUUCCACUACAAGCGAGACAACAUCAACUAGUAGCACGACAAGUAGUACAAGUACUUCGUCCACUAGCAGUACUUCGAGCACAUCCANUACGACGUCUACGACGUCAACAACUUCAACAUCAUCCACCAGCACUUCUUCGACGAGUACUACUAGUAGUACUUCUACGUCGACCACAUCCGCAACCACAAGUACUUCAUCAACAAGCACUACUUCCACUACAAGCGAGACAACAUCAACUAGUAGCACGACAAGUAGUACAAGUACUUCGUCCACUAGCAGUACUUCGAGCACAUCCAGCACGUCAACUACCAGCACUUCAAGUACAAGCAGUACUACGUCAACUACGUCAACAACAACUACUACCGUAACUACGACGUCAACAACAAGCGCGACAACAAGCACGUCGACAACGUCAACCACCACAUCGGCAACGACUGCUACAACGACCACAGCAACCACCACUACCUCUACCACAAGUACCACAACUACAACCACGGUCGCAAUUGUAGCGGAUAAAACCGGUAUAAUCGUUGGAGCUGUCCUUGGUGGAGUAGCUUUUAUCGCAUUGAUGGCUGUUGUUAUAUAUUACUUCAUUAGAUGGUUGAAUCGACCGCACGUUGCACAUUUACGCUCCGUUUAUAAGGAAAGACGUUCCGGGCAGCCUCUCCCAUCACUCCAUCCAUCAGCUGGACAAGAGCGUAUCAAAUUUUUUUGA